AUGGCGAACUCCUCCUCCGCCUCCGAAGUAAACAGCUCGAGCGCGACCCCGGUGGAGAGUAAAGUGGACGUGCUGAUCAUCGGUGCUGGUCCGGCGGGUGUUAUGGCUGCGAAUGCGUUGGCGAUGGCGGGUGUGGAUGUUAGGAUUGUGGAUAAGAGACCGACGAAAGUGAUGGCCGGCCAAGCGGACGGGAUCCAACCGCGGACGAUCGAAAGCUACGGCCUAGCAGAUACAUUACUCGAAGAUGCAGCUCAGCUUCACAUGGCCGCAUUUUAUAAUCCUGGUCCGGAUGGUGGGCUUGAGUGCACAGGCCGCGCCCCCGACAUCACCCCGACCAACGCGCGCUUCCCCUUCGAGGCCAUCCUGCACCAAGGCGAGAUAGAACGGAUGUUCCUCGAGUCGAUGGAGAAGCAUAAUUGUAGGGUGGAGAGGCCGGUGGUGCCGAAGAUUUUGGAGAUCACUGCGGAUGAGAAGAGGCUGAGGGAUGCGGAGGAUUAUGCUGUUAUGGUGAGUGGGGAUUUCGUCAAGCUACAAAGGCUGGCACCACAGCCUGGAGAACCCGAGACUGAGAUCGUGCAUGCGAAGUUCGUCAUUGGCACAGAUGGCGCGCACUCCUGGACCCGAAAAUCCCUCCAAAUCCCCAUGCUCGGCUCCCAAACCGAAUACAUCUGGGGCGUCCUCGACAUCCACCCCUCCACCGACUUCCCCGACGUCCGAAACCGAUGCGCGAUCCACACCCUGAGCGGCUCGUGCAUGAUCAUCCCGCGCGAGCGGGACAAGAUCCGCUUGUACAUACAGCUUACGGACGUGGAUGUGAGGGACCCGGAGAGCGGGAGGGUCGAUCUGGGGAGGUUUGGGCCGGCUCAGUUGUUGGAGGUUGCGGCGAGGAGUUUUAAGCCUUAUAGAAUGGAGGUGAAGGAUGGUGAUAUGGAGAAGGGCGUGGAGUGGUGGGCGCUUUAUAGUAUUGGACAGAGAGUGGCGGAGCGGUAUUCGGUGUCGGAUCGGGUAUUCAUCGCGGGCGAUGCGUGCCAUACGCACUCUCCGAAAGCGGGCCAGGGGAUGAACGCAAGUAUGAACGAUACGCAUAAUCUCGUUUGGAAAAUAACGCAUGUCCUGCGUGGAUGGGCGGACAUAUCUGUGCUCAAAACUUAUGAAUUCGAGCGACGGAAAUACGCACAAGACCUUAUCGACUUUGAUAAGAAGUUCUCAAAGCUGUUCUCCAUCAAGCCGAAAAUAGAGGACGUCGUUGCAGACGGUGAAGAUCUAGUAGAAGGCGUCACACACGCCGAGUUCUUCGAAGCUUUCCAGACCUACGGGCUCUUCACAUCCGGCAUAGGUGUACACUACGCACCCUCGGCCAUAACCUCCCCAACGCACCAGCACCUUGCCUCGAACCUCAUCAUCGGCGAACGGUUGAUCCCCCAGAUCGUCCUCCGCGGCGCAGACAGACGUCCCUUCGAGAUCCAAGACCUCUGUCCCAGCGACUCUCGCUUCAAGAUCCUCGUAUUCGCAGGUCUAGGCGAGCCGGUGGCCCCAGGCGCAGCGAAUGCGAAGGGAACAAGAGCGAAGGUGCAGGCGGAGAGGACGUAUGGGAGGGCUAGGAAGGGGACGGAGAUGUUUGAUGUGUUGGUGGUUUGUAUGGGGAAGAAGGAGACGUUUGUGCAUACGGCGGUGCCGGAGGUGUUUAGGCCGCAUUGGUCGAAAGUCCUCCUCGACGACUCGAGCGCCAAGAAACAAAUUGGCGGCGACAUGUACAAGAACUACGGGAUCGGGGACGAAGGCGCCGUCGUCGUCGUCAGGCCGGAUGGAUACGUCGGCACGGUCGUGCCACUGGAGGGUGCGAUGGAGGACUUGAAUAAGUACUUUGCGGCGUUCGUGAGGAGGGGGUAG